AUGCAUUUUUGGUGUAUAAAGGACGGGUUAAGAUCAGGAUUUCAGCUUGGACACGCCAGAGUAACUAGACCGGGUGGGGCCAGUGUUUUGGGGGCGCUUGUUCGUCGCCGUGUUGUGGACAACAAUGUGUCCACAUGCAUUCAUGCAUGCAUUCGUUUCAACCUCGGGUCGGUGCGAUCCAAGCGUGAACUAAUUGAAUCGCUCAUCGUCGAGCGUGGAUCUGGGGCCGACGAAAGCGGCAAUUCAACUCCAAGCAAGCCGAGCCACAGGGCGCCCUACUGCGUGUGGCAGCGGCGAAAUGAUGCAUUUGGGCUUUUAGGGCUUGCUCGAACUGGCCACGAACCGAUAAUGCGACAGGGCGGACAAGUUGCCAAAGUUCUAUCACCUCUCAACAACCAGACUUGGCGGUAUCCAUUUACUCGGUGGGGGGAGCAGCUUUUUACAUUUUGGCCAAACGGUCGACCGACCUUUUCGCAGCCUCAGAAAUUCGGAAUCACCGGAAUCAUCACAGCUGAUACACAUUCUUGUAAAAUUCUCAAGUUAACACUCGGUCAAGAAGACUAUUCGGCUCUAUCAUACUACUUAUAUCGACUCAAUUGA